AUGGCUGCCCUCAAGCUCAUCGGUUUCCUUGUGCUCCUUUCCAUCUUCACAGCAGCAGCUCAGCAGCCUCGUAGAAAUGACAGCGAUGUAGAUUCGGCCGUCGGCAACAUGAGAGAGAGGUCCUAUUAUGGGUUCAUCAUGCUCCUGCAAAUGUUAAACUGGCAGACAGUGGCAUCACGGAACGGCAUUACCUUCUUGAUUCCAGCUGACAAAGAGUUGGCAAGUGCCACCAUUGCUCCAGAGCAGAUACAAGAUUUCAUACUGAGCCAUUCUAUUCUUACCCCUCUCUAUUUCAACAACAUGCUACACUUUCCAACGGGUACACUCAUUCCCACAGGACUACCUAAUUUUCUGUUAGACAUCACCAACAACGGACCAUAUGAUUUCUACUUGAAUAAUGCAAAGAUCGUAGCUCCGAAUGUUUGUCAGAGUGCUAGGAUAAAAUGCCAUGGCAUUGAUGCAGUAAUCCAACACAAUACUACAGCUGCUGAGCGCCCACUUCUGCCUGUUACUCAGGUGCCUAAGAUCACCAGUCCAGUUCUCCAGCCUGGUGAGUCUUCACCGCUGCACGAAAGUGCACUUUUGCCUCUGCGUAAUGAGAAUUCUUUGAAACCAAUGUUGAAUGUACUCUCUCAUACAAGCGCAGUUAGUGCAGGCACCACCAUGGGCCACAAUGCUCCCUUGCUUGUUAUGUUGAUUAGCUUUGGGUUGCUCAUCUGA